AUGGCUUUUGAUGGGCAGGAAAGAUAUAUGAAGAGAUCUUGGGAGCCAAGUGAUAAAGUUGAUCUUCACUUUGUCUACAAAGAUGUUGAAGGAGUAUCAACUCAAUGGGAUGAUAUUCAAAGAAAACUCAGGAACUUACCUCCCAAACCCUCUUCCUUCAAACCCGAUCCCUUCACUCCUGUAGAAGAUGAAGAUUCCAAACCUAAAACCAAAUCUCGGAUCGAUAACAAGACAGAAGAACUCAAAGAUUUAGAAGAUGAUCUUGAUGAUAGUUGUUUCCUCGAAGAAUACAAGUACCUUCAACUCCCUUAA